AUGAAAAAGCUAUUUAGAAAAGCCACAGGCCAAGCAACAAUUUAUGAUCACUUAGAUGAUAUAAAGAAUUCAAUUUGUAAAAUAGGUGAAAGGGUAUGUAAUAAUAUAGAAAUAGCUGGAAAUGAUUUCUGUUCAGAAAUACAAAAGGCUUAUGAAAGUAAUCCAUCCGCAAGCACCACAACACGACGCAGAACUACACCAAAGAAAAAGUUAGGUGCCAAAAACACUGCAGGAUGCCCAGGUGUAGUUUCAUCUCAAGAAACCACACAAAGCAACGAACUCACAUAUUGGAACAGGCAUAAAAUGCUAUUUCUUACUGUUUCAGGAGUACUUUCUAUUUUAUUUAUUAUAAUCUAUAUUAUCAAACAAAAGAAAAGAAAGUCUAUCUCUGUUUAAUAAAUAUAUCUGCUAUAUCAUAACCUAAAACCAAAUGCCCAGAAAAUUUAUAA